AUGUAGUAGGGCUCCUGAGGGAAGAAGCUGCACUUCUGGGCUGCUGUCAUGGUGGACCAGCGCCGCUGCUCACCGGGUGCCUUCAGCGGCCAGAGGGCUGGGCCCGGCCGCGUCACCCGGGCGACCAUUGUGAACCAGCCUCCAGGCGGAGGGACGGCGGCCUCGUCCCUGGCCAGCCCGAGGCUGAGCUGGGGCCGCCGCCUUUCCCCUCGAGGCCUCCCAUCCCACCGCCGGGGCGGCCGCGAGGGGGCAGCACAGGAUCGGCGACCCGGACGCAGCCCUGCCUCGCGGGGACGUUGUUCCGCCGCCUGUCGAGCGAAGGUUCCGCCCGGGGGUUGCCGCGCCCGGGGGACCGUUUGGGCGGCGCACAGGCGGAGCGCCACUUCCGGCCGCCUGGCCCGCAGCAGCAGCAGCAGCAGCUCCUCAGCUAUCCCUCCGGGCGAGGAAAGCCCCGCCGGACUGAAGGCUGGAGGCCUCCGGGGAGCAGAGCAAGACCCCUUGCUCCAGAAACUUCACGCUCUCUGGGCAUGGAGGGACAUGGAAAAGCUCCGGGAAGAAAUGCGCCUGGGCUUUGCCAGCCUGAACGACCCAUUGGUCUGGCUCCUGGAUGUGCUGGAUUGCUGUGUGGACUGGAGAGGGCCGGUCUUGCUGACCCACAUUGUCCGUGAGCUGCAGGGCUGGAUAAAGUGCCAUGCCAGUGAUCAGCCGUCUGGCUUAAAGCUGGAGAAGCUACAGGCCCGUCUCUUUCCCUUGCUUGCCCGCUGCAAUGUCAGCCUGCUGCAGCCCCUGGUCAUCAUCUAUCAGCUUCACACUGCAGACCGCCACCAUUUGCUGGGCUUCAUCAGCCAGCUCUGCCAGCAGGGGAAGUUCAAAGAGGCUGCUACUUUAAGUAUAAAACUGAAACUGCAACCAGACCUGGAAUUUGAGAAGAUGUGCAUUCCAUUGCUGCUUCAGGACAAAACGGAACUCGUCGAAGCUUACGUGGAAGGCAGCCCUGAGCUGCAGCAGAGUCUCUUGAGGCUCCUGGACUCGUGGUCUGUUCCAGGCUUCCAGGUCAAAGACCUGGCAAGACAGUAUCGGGCCCUGCCUGGUAAGUGGCCAGAAAAGAUCAACUGCAGGACGAUGCAUAAAAUGGCCUUCCGGCUGCUGGACAGAUACAGCCUGGACCCAGUGCUUUGUCCCCAUAUUCUCAACCAGCGACACCUGGGCACGUUGAAAUACCUGCUGCAUAAGAGAUUUGUUGAGAAAUCCAUGACGCAAGAAAACUGGGCAGAUCACAUCCAGGGCAUCGUCCAGGACAACCGGUGGCUGCAAGAGCAGCUGGUGCAACUCCUGGUCCGUUACGCUGGCCUGGGGGUUGCUGCCCAGUGGGCCCAGCACUACAGCCUCCUUGGGGACAGCUUGCCACCUGGUUUGGCAGCCAGGAUGGAAGAGACAGCCAUCCCAGAGAGGGACGAUGCCUCAGAGCAGACCCCGAGUGCUUGGGACAGCAUGAAGGAGGAGUGCUAUCAGCUCCCUGUGCCAAGGGCAGGCAUUCUUUUCUUAUCAACCUGGGAGGAGGUGAUGGCGUGCCAGGAACAGGUGCUCCAGCCUGGCCAAGUCGUUGGCAUCGACAUGGAGUGGCGCCCCUCGUUCAGCACCAUUGGAGGGAAGCCGCGGGUCUCGGUUGUUCAGCUGGCAAUUUGGGGCCACGUCUUCCUCUUGGACAUGCUGCAGCUGCUCCGGCAGGGAGAAGAGGAGGCGCGGUCUGCAGUCUGCGGCUUCUUCCAGACUCUCCUGGCCGACCCAGCCAUUGUGAAACUAGGCUACGGGAUGUCAGGAGACCUGCGUAACCUCAUGGCAACCUGUGAGAUUUCCAGAGAUGCAGACCUGCAACUCUGUGGAAUUCUGGACCUCCAGCUGGUACACCAAAAGUUGCCCAAGCGCUCCAAGAAGAGCUGCCAGCCAGCACUGGACCCCUGGCUGGCGAAGGACAAGGCCUGGGGAAGCAGGCUCCCCGAGAAGGGGCUCAGCCUGCUGGUGCAGGAGGUCCUGGGCAGACCCCUCAACAAGACAGAGCAGCUGUCCAACUGGGAGAAGAGGCCCCUUCGGGAGACACAAAUCCUUUACGCAGCCUGUGAUGCCUAUUGCUUGCUGGAGGUGCAUGCCAAGUUGUUGAAGGACCCAGCUGCCUUCGGCCUGAGCUCCGAUAUGGUGGGGAUGAUGAGCAAAGCCAGCCGCCCCAAGGCAAAAACAAGGAAGCCACCGAGGAGGGAGCAGGAAGCCCCCCCCACGGUCAAGGAGAGUCCAGCAUCCGUCCUGGCGGAGGCCCCCAGGGCUUCGGUUGGCAUCCUGGCGCAAGACUUCCGUGUGGUUUGCGACAACAUGUUGCAGGGCCUGGGACGAUCCCUACGCUGCCUCGGGGUGGAUGUUCGGAUCCUGGGGAAUGAUGACGAACACCGGAGGGCUGCUGAGAUUGCCAGGGAAGAGAAUCGAGUGAUUUUAACCUCCGGCCUUCCAUUUCAUUCGCUGCGGUCCCAAGUGGGCGAAGGUCGGUGUUUCUCGGUGAGCUGCUCAGAGAAGGCCAGGGACCAAGCCCUGCAGGUCCUGAAGCACUUCAACGUCCGGGUGGCCUUGGCCGAUGUUUUUAGCCGCUGCCAGGCCUGCAACUGCAGCCGCUACGUGAAGGUCUCGAAGGAGAGGAUGGCCCUGCUGAGGAAGCAGAGCGGCUGCUGGACAGGGGAGGACACAGAGCCCCAUUUGGGAGAUCCCGGCCCCACCGCCACCCUGGAGCCCCAGAGCUGCAGCCUCGGCCUUCAUCAACCUGCCUGCAGCCCACCCUGGCAAGGCCCAGAAAUGGCAGUCCCUGGGGACGAAUCCUCCCUGCUGCCCACUGGCGUCCGGCUGAGAGUCGAGGCUGUCCCGCCCGGGGUGCUGUGCCAGGAGGACGUGGCCUGCUUCUACUGCUGCAGCCAGUGCGGCCAGGUCUUCUGGGAGGGCUCCCACCUGGGCCGCCUGGUCUCCCAGUUUAGGGAGGUGCUCGAGCUGCCAGAAGAGAGCUGAAUUGGGGCUUGUCCUUGGGCUCUGUGCAGGAAUGGGGGUGACCCUGGGGCCCCCAGGAGCUUCCCUCACGGCAGGAGGGCAUGUUGGCAGGUCACCCCGUUUUUAGAGGGAUCUUUGAAAGGAUUUGUCGGCUUCUUUCCUCAGGCCCUCAGACCACUGCAGACAGAGUGGGACCGGCACUCCCACUGCCUAUUGCCUCUAGUGGGAGAUGGAUUGUUAGCAUCAUUCGCACCCGACUCCAGGACCAAAUGUUCUCUUGCGGGUUGGGGGAUUCCACACAACUACACACACACACACACACACACACGUACCCUUCCACACAGUGCAACUUGCAGCCUUUGCUGUAAAACUAUAUGCCCGUCUCUUCUGCCGCAGAAGAGCUCCUGCUGUUUCUCUGAAGAUCAGAGGCAUAGGCAAGAAAUGUCUCCCUUGAUCCCAGCACACACGCCUCCUUUUUUUUUUUUUGAAAUAUUUUUUUUAAGUAUAAUAGUUCCAUCUUCCAUUAAAUAAUGUGUUGUCUGGGGUACAUGUAUCUUUGUGCAAUAAUAAUCAAAAUUUACAACAGUAUUCAUUACGUUGAUAUUACUGCUUUAAUUUUACAAUAGUAACAUUGAAUGUUAUAAACAUAUUCACUUCUCCCUCUUGACAUAUCUUCUAAUAGGAAUAUUAUAAUAAUAUUAAACAUAAUAAUCCUAAUAUUCAUAAAAAUAAUAAUCAUAGUGUUCACAUUUCUCAACAUAUUUUCUAUAUUUCGCUGAACUUUUGUUUCCUAUUUUUAUUCUCUAACCAUCGAUAAAAUAGUUCCCAUGUCAUAUAAUAUUCAGUUUGUUCUUUCUCCUUAAUUGCAAGUGUUAAUCUGUUCAUUUCUGCACAUUCUAAUAUUUUCCUAAUCACAUUCUCAUCAGUAGGAAUCUCUUCACUUUUACAGUUUUGUGCAAAUACAAUUCUAGCUUCAGUUAAUACAUGAAUAAUUAGAUAUGCAUUCCCCUUAGUAUAGGUUUCAGGUAAAAUCCUCAAAAAUAUUUCUGGUUUUAAAUCAAUGUGUUGUUUUAUCAUCUUUUCCAGCCAUGUAUGUAUUUUUGUCCAGUAUAUUUUUGCUUCUAUACAUGUCCACCACAUAAGAUAAUAAGACCCAGGUGUCUGGUGGCAUUUCCAACAUUUAGCUGACUUAUCUUUAAACAUCUUUGCCAACCUCGCCGGCACGAAGUGCCAUCUAUAAAACAUCUUAUACAAAUUUUGUUUAUAUGCAGUUGACGUUGAUUUAUAGUUCUUGUCCCACAAUUUUCGCCAUUUAUCUAAUUCUAUUGUGUAACCGGUUUUUUGCUCAUGCUAUCAUUGCCUCCUUCACUUGUUCAUCUUCCAAUUUGAUGCCCAGUAAAUAGCAAUAUGUUUUCGUUAUCUCUUCUGUCCCUGUCAAUAUCUUGUCUAAUUCUGUUAGUUCUUUAUAGUAACCAUAUAAUUUAGCAUCUUUCUCGUAUCUAGAAUGUAUCUGCAUUUGUGAGUACCAUGCCAUAUUGAUCCCGAUCACUCAAUUCUUGUUUAGUUUUGAGCCCCCCCCCUUUCAUUCAAGAUAUCUUUAUAUCUAACAAUAUUUCCAAUGUUAAUAACAUUUGGGUGAAUCAAUGCUUCCAUCCUUGAAAGCCAAACUGGUGUCCUCAAGCAAUGUUGCGCACUGGUUUUCUCCCAUACUAACAGUAGUGCGUUCCUAAUAUAAUGUUUUUGAAAGUAACUAUGUAUCUUACUUUUCCCAUACCACAAGAAUGCAUGCCAACCCAAUUGCAAAUCAUGUCUCUCCUAAGUCAAUAGUCUUGUAUGCCUCAGUAUAAUCCAUUCUUUCAUCCAUGUUAAUACCACGGCCUGACAGUACAAUUUCUAAUUUGGUAAUCCAAAGCCUCCUCUAUUUUUUGAAUCCUACGGCAUUUUUAAGCUAAUUCUUGCUCUUUUCCCUUGCCAAAUAUAUUUUAAUAUUAUGUUAUUAAGU